AUGAAGUUCCUUCGCGCACCGCUUAUUAUUAAGCCUUCCAACACGAAAGUCCGAUUCACCGGCUUUUCAAGAGAAUACCUCGAAACUAUCUUAGAGAAUUCCGAAGAAUGGGAGAAAAUUGCAAAGAAACAUUCGAGAAACACUUCUGGAUUUUAUUCAGCGAUAAUUCCCUAUCUCGAAGACAUCAUCACAAACCAACCAGAACUUGUCUUUGACAAUUGCUUGAAAGGAAUGAAAUUGACAAAGAAAAAAAAUCAGGUUCGUCGAGACCUUGAGCACUGGUUUCGAAUCGAAAACGAGUUUUUUUCGAAGGAAGAUUGCGUUACUUUUGCGGCGAAAGAUCUUGGAACCCGAUCGACUGGUCUGUCGCAAAUAUUGAAAACGACUGAAAUCAACGAAGACAACAACGACAAAAUGAACGAGGCGUUCAUUGAAGAUUCUGGUGAGCUUGAGGAAGAAUGGAUGCCUGAAUCAGAAGAAAUAAUCCAAGAAGAUGAAGUUGUCGACAAAAUCCAGGAAGCAAAUGAUGAGCCGGAACGGGUUAAAGAUAAAUCGCCGAUCACCGAUAUUUUUCUUCGCAGCGGGAAACUUCCUAGUAACGGAAAAGGUGGUGAUAACAGAACUUGGAGUCCCAAAUUUAUCAACUUGUCGCUGGAAAUGCUUAUUAAAGGAGAAACAGCAAGUAGCAUCCACAAUUUCUUUAAAACGACAGCAAAGUAUUAUCCCGAGCUUCUGGGCGAAGAAAAAAGAGUUCCAUCGCCUGACUGGUUUGAGCGACUUCGUGAUUCAUUGAAGUAUUUGAACGAAGAGCACACCAAAGAUGUCAUUCUUAAAGGCAAACGAUUCCACCUCGCAAGUGACGGCGCAGCCAUGUUAGAUGCAUCCAAAACGAUUUCAGUCGGGCUGAUAGACGAGUCUGGCAAGCUUCAUCUCAUCGGAACCGAGCGUUCGAUCGGAGGUACAAGUCAAAUAAUUGCCGACCAAAUGAUUGCGAUCAUAAACAAGACCAGUUUGGGACGAGUCAUCGGCGAGAAGAUUGAUCUCCUUAUGUCUGACCAGCAGUCAGCUCAAAUCAACGCAAACGCAAUCGUUGCAGAAAAACUGACGCGGGAAAUCAACAAGGAAGCACCUCCAUCACUCUUUUGUGCGAUGCACUGCGUUUCGAACUGCGACAAGAACAGCUGUUCUGCGUUAAAAGAGGUCAAUGAAGAAGCAUUUACCUUACUGGAACUUGUGAAGAGUGUCUUCGGAAAACCAGAAAAAUUUGGGUACGUCCAACAGGAUGGUCGCCGAUCGCUUCAGCUGCUUCUUAAAUACGAUUUGGAGAGCACCAGAACAAAGAUUUUCUCUCAUGAUCUAGACAUCAUCACAAACCAACCAGAACUUGUCUUUGACAAUUGCUUGAAAGGAAUGAAAUUGACAAAGAAAAAAAAUCAGGUUCGUCGAGACCUCGAGCACUGGUUUCGAAUCGAAAAUGAGUUUUUUUCGAAGGAAGAUUGCGUUACUUUUGCGGCGAAAGAUCUUGGAACCCGAUCGACUGGUCUGUCGCAAAUAUUGAAAACGACUGAAAUCAACGAAGACAACAACGACAAAAUGAACGAGGCGUUCAUUGAAGAUUCUGGUGAGCUUGAGGAAGAAUGGAUGCCUGAAUCAGAAGAAAUAAUCCAAGAAGAUGAAGUUGUCGACAAAAUCCAGGAAGCAAAUGAUGAGCCGGAACGGGUUAAAGAUAAAUCGCCGAUCACCGAUAUUUUUCUUCGCAGCGGGAAACUUCCUAGUAACGGAAAAGGUGGUGAUAACAGAACUUGGAGUCCCAAAUUUAUCAACUUGUCGCUGGAAAUGCUUAUUAAAGGAGAAACAGCAAGUAGCAUCCACAAUUUCUUUAAAACGACAGCAAAGUAUUAUCCCGAGCUUCUGGGCGAAGAAAAAAGAGUUCCAUCGCCUGACUGGUUUGAGCGACUUCGUGAUUCAUUGAAGUAUUUGAACGAAGAGCACACCAAAGAUGUCAUUCUUAAAGGCAAACGAUUCCACCUCGCAAGUGACGGCGCAGCCAUGUUAGAUGCAUCCAAAACGAUUUCAGUCGGGCUGAUAGACGAGUCUGGCAAGCUUCAUCUCAUCGGAACCGAGCGUUCGAUCGGAGGUACAAGUCAAAUAAUUGCCGACCAAAUGAUUGCGAUCAUAAACAAGACCAGUUUGGGACGAGUCAUCGGCGAGAAGAUUGAUCUCCUUAUGUCUGACCAGCAGUCAGCUCAAAUCAACGCAAACGCAAUCGUUGCAGAAAAACUGACGCGGGAAAUCAACAAGGAAGCACCUCCAUCACUCUUUUGUGCGAUGCACUGCGUUUCGAACUGCGACAAGAACAGCUGUUCUGCGUUAAAAGAGGUCAAUGAAGAAGCAUUUACCUUACUGGAACUUGUGAAGAGUGUCUUCGGAAAACCAGAAAAAUUUGGAGUAACAUUCUACGAUUGGAGAAAUAAAGCAGACGAGAUUCUGGCUGCUGGAAAGGUUGCGAACCGUUGCCGACCAGACUACAAGCAGAGUGACAUUCGAAAAGAGUUUGACGAUGAUCUUCUGGCGAUAAUUGAAUCUUCGACUUCUGAAUGUUGA